GACGUUCUGCUUUGCUGAGAGUCCCUCCACCCCGGUUGCCCGGGCAUUGGGCUUUUGCGGUGGUCAGUACCGCUCAUCCACCCUUCCGAGAAGACUGGUGGGGCCCGCCCCCUUUUGGCGUGGGUGUGUAGUGCUCGCCUAGAUAUUGGGUAUGAAAGUGAUAUCCCCAAACGCUGGAAGUUUCUGGUUGUCUGCCUGGACCUCAGCCCCGUCGCAGGAUCCAUGGGAGUGGUUGGGCCUGCAGCAGUAGCAGAGAUAGUGUGCGAAAGAGGUUGAUUGGUCAAAACUCUGCAGGCCAUAAUGACUUCAACAAAUAAAGCAAUUGAAUUACAACUACAAGUGAAACAAAAUGCAGAAGAAUUACAAGACUUUAUGAGAGAUUUAGAAAACUGGGAAAAAGAUAUUAAACAAAAGGAUAUGGAACUGAGAAGACAGAAUGGUGUUCCUGAAGAGAAUUUACCUCCUAUUCGAAAUAAGAAUUUUAGGAAAAAGAAGAAAGGCAAAGCUAAAGAGUCUGCUAAAAAAACCAAAGAUGAAAACACAAAAAACAGGAUAAAAUCUUAUGAUUAUGAGGCAUGGGCAAAACUUGAUGUGGAAAGUAUCCUUGAUGAGCUUGACAAAGAAGAGAGUACUCAUGAUUCUUUAUCUCAAGAAUCAGAAUCGGAAGAAGAUGGAAUUCAUGUAGAUUCACAAAAGGCUCUUGCUCUAAAAGAAAAGGGCAAUAAGUACUUCAAACAAGGAAAAUAUGAUGAAGCAAUUGAAUGCUACACCAAAGGCAUGAAUGCCGAUCCAUAUAAUCCUGUGUUACCAACAAACAGAGCAUCAGCAUAUUUUAGAAUGAAAAAAUUUGCUGUUGCUGAGUCUGAUUGUAAUUUAGCAAUUGCCUUAAAUAGAAGUUAUACAAAGGCUUAUGCAAGACGAGGUGCUGCUCGGUUUGCUUUGCAAAAAUUAGAGGAUGCCAAAAAAGAUUAUGAAAAAGUGUUAGAACUGGAACCAAAUAACUUUGAAGCCACAAAUGAACUCAGGAAAAUUAAUCAGGCUUUGACAUCCAAAGAAAACCCAUAUCCAGAGGAAGCUGACAUGAUGAUUAAGUCAACUGAAGGAGAGAAAAAACGAAUUGAAGAGCAACAGAAUAGGCAGCAGGCCAUUUCAGAGAAAGACUUGGGGAAUGGAUAUUUCAAAGAGGGGAAAUACGAAAGAGCGAUUGAAUGCUAUACUCGAGGGAUAGCAGCAGAUGGUGCUAAUGCCCUUCUUCCAGCUAACAGAGCAAUGGCCUAUCUGAAGAUUCAGAAAUAUGAAGAGGCUGAAAAAGACUGCACACAAGCUAUUUUAUUAGAUGGCUCAUAUUCUAAAGCUUUUGCCAGAAGAGGAACUGCAAGAACAUUUUUGGGAAAGUUAAAUGAAGCCAAACAAGAUUUUGAAACUGUUUUACUUCUAGAACCUGGAAAUAAGCAAGCAGUAACUGAACUUUCCAAAAUUAAAAAGGAAUUAAUUGAGAAAGGACACUGGGAUGAUGUUUUUCUCGAUUCUACUCAAAGGCAAAAUGUGAUAAAACCCAUUGAUAAUCCACCUCAUCUUGGAUCAACUAAGCCACUCAAGAAGGUUAUUAUUGAAGAAACUGGUAAUUUGAUACAAACUAUCGAUGUGCCAGAUAGCACGACUGCUGCUGCUCCAGAGAGUAAUCCUUUUAAUCUAGCAAAUGUAAUAGCAAGCACAGGCACUGCAAGUAAGAAGAAUUCAAGCCAAGAUGACCUUUUGCCCACGAGUGAUAUUCCAAAAGCAAAAGUAUUGAAAAUAGAAGAAAUCAGUGAUACUUCAGUUCUGCAACCUCAGGUUAAUUUGAAACAGGAUGUAUGUCAGUCUUUCAGUGAGAAGAUUUCUGUAGAGGUAGACAAAAUACCUGCUCAGUCGAUUACAACCGUUCUUCCUCCAGUUCCUUCAAACUCAUUCCAGCUUGAAUCUGAUUUCAGACAACUGAAAAGUUCUCCAGAUAUGUUAUAUCAGUAUUUGAAGCAAAUUGAACCAUCCUUGUAUCCUAAGUUGUUUCAGAAAAAUCUAGAUCCAGAUGUAUUCAAUCAAAUCAUUAAAAUUCUGCACGACUUUUACAUUGAGAAAGAAAAGCCAUCACUCAUCUUUGAAAUCUUACAAAGGCUUUCUAAAUUAAAAAGGUUUGAUAUGGCAGUGAUGUUUAUGUCAGAACCUGAGAAAAAAAUUACACAUGUAUUAUUCAAUCACAUAGACAAAUCAGGAUUGAAGGGUAAUUCUGUUGAAGAACUCAAGAAAAGAUAUGGUGGUUGAUUCCCAUUUUUACUGAAAUUAUUGUCUUUGACUUUCGUAUAUAAAUUUUCUACAGAAAGUGUUUUGCUUUUAAGAUAAUGAAAUCAUACAAGAAAGUACUGUCUUUGAAUAUGUUGAUUAACUGUAAAGUGAAUUGUGAUUUAACUCAUGAGAAAUGUAUUCAAGUGAACUAUUUAUGUCUUUUUCUGAAAAUAAAAAUAGAAAUAAUGAAGUAUACUUGUAAAGGUCAGUAUUUUAUAAGUCAUUUAAAUGUUAGAUAUAGAUACAGUCUUUAGUGCCCUGUUAAUGUAACAUCAUAUUUUCAUGAGUUUUGUGACCACAUGACCAGAUUGCUUUAUUAGCAUGUGAAUAAAGUUAUAUUUGUUUACAGGAAGUUUAGGUAACUAGAUUGUUCCUUUAUAAAACUUUUUAAUAUCAUCAUGCCAGUUCACUAACAAAAUCAUUUGCAGGAUAUGUUUUUAGUAUUAUGUUGAAAAGAUACUUUUAAUUGGGUUUUUUAUAUAGGUUAAUGGAAGAGUCACAGCAUCUUUAAAUUUUAAUGCUUCAGCUUUUUUCCUUGUAUCCACGUUACCUAUUAACUUAAGACACAUAAUCUAAAUUGAGGCAUAAACAAUUUAAAAACUAGGAAUGUUUGAAGUAGUAGCAUGUAGCUUGCCUACAUGUGUUGUGUGUGAGUGUGGUGUCUAUAAGCUUUUGAAAGCAGGGCUCUUGUUCUCUUUAUCUUAGUUCUGCAUAGCCCUGGCACAGUCCUUUGCACCUGGUUAGGUCCUUCACUGACAUUUAUACAGUUUAAUUGAAUUCGACAGCAAGAAUCAAUUUUAGUUAAAUGUUUAAGUAGCAAUCUAGCAAAUUUUGGGCAUCCUUUAAGUUGUUAAAACCAACUUAAAUUUAGAGGCUAUCAGAUUGUUAAAAAAAAUAUUAGGUCACCAUCAUAUAGCUGUUAGCAUCAAUAAAUCAAAUUUAAAACUUUUACACUGUUGAUAAUUUUUUUAUAGUCAAUAAUAUUUUUUUAUUAAUUUUUUAUGGUGACAUUGGUUAACAAAAUCCAGUGAGCUUCAGGUGUACAAUUUUUUUUUUAAAUUUAUUUAGCUAUUGAUAAUUUUUGUUGCAUAAUAUUAUGCUUAUAGUUGCUUGAGGAAUAAUCUAUUUGCAAAGAUAAUUUCCCCAGUUCACAGUAUAAGUUACUGAAAUGAUCAUAAUUUGCUUAGCCUCAGUGUUUUGCAAUACACUUAGGAUAGAAUUUAUUAAUGUUAUGCAUUGCUAAAUGUAUUGUCUUAUGGUAUAUGAACAAGCAUUGACAUUUAGUCUUUUAUGUAUAGCUUAUAUAUAAGCUUUAUGUUUUGAAUUUUGAAUGACUUGAAUUUUUCUCAAGUCAUUAAUUAGUUGAUUUUGAUAUAUAGAAAAGCAUUCUAAAGGCAAAACAGUUCCUUUGCAUAUUAUGUGUCCUUAGAAGAAACUUAUAAAGUAGUCAGGGCAGGUAGUGUUAUUGCCAUUUUUAACAUAAAAAAGGGAGACUCAGUAAAUGUUUGUGAUUACAGAGCUAAAAAAUAGAGCAAGUUCAGAACAUGCUUUCUUCUAACUCUUAAUCUAUGGCUAUUUGAACUACUCUGGUUGUACUAUUUAUGUGUGUUACUUGUUUAGGUACUGGACUGAAGAAGGAUAAAUCCCAAGAUUUACUUUAUUUGCAUUUGAAAUAAAAAAUGUUAGCCUGUUUUCCAUUA